GUGCGCAUAAGACGGGUGUAUUAUAGUCGUUCUGGCGUCUACGACUCGACCGCUUAUAUAAAUAGGUGAAGAGGGGCAACAGACACCUCUUGCACUUUCUUGUGGAGCGCGACGCAGCGGCCAGUCCUUACCGAGCACCAUGGCUCGACGCGCGUACUUCUGUCUCGGUCUUUUAUUAUUCAUCUACUCCGUGAGCGGAGAGGUCCGUGUAAAGCGGCAAGACGACGACUCUGGUGGUGAUGAAGUAAAUCCCGAACAACUCUGCGACGGUCGCCCAGCCGAUGAAUACUUCCGGCUUACCACCGAAGGCGAUUGCCGUGAUGUCGUCAGGUGCGACAAAGGUGCUGAAAAUGGUGUUACCAGACUCGCUUCAGUGCGGUGUCCUAUCGGCCUAGCCUUCGAUAUCGACCGCCAGACCUGUGAUUGGAAAUCACAUGUAAAGAGUUGCGAUAAACUAGAAAAGCCAAGAAAAAUUCUCCCAAUACUGAAGACGGAUGAACCUAUUUGUCCUGAAGGAAAUCUGGCUUGUGGUAGUGGCGAUUGUAUCGAAAAAGCGUUGUUCUGUAACGGAAAACCUGACUGCAAAGAUGAGUCUGAUGAAAAUGCCUGCACUGUCGACGUGGACCCGAACAGAGCGCCCGACUGCGACACUAACCAGUGUACACUCCCAGACUGUUUCUGCUCUGCUGACGGUACCCGCAUUCCUGGCGGUAUCGAACCCAAUCAAGUACCUCAAAUGAUAACAAUCACCUUUAACGGUGCCGUCAACGUUGAUAACAUCGACCUUUAUGAACAAAUUUUCAACGGGAACCGCCACAACCCUAACGGUUGCCAAAUUCGUGGCACCUUCUUUAUCUCCCACAAAUACACCAACUACGCUGCAGUUCAAGAAUUGCACCGCAAGGGUCACGAAAUCGCAGUUUUCUCAAUAACUCACAAAGACGAUCCUUUGUACUGGUCGGGUGGCAGCUAUGAUGAUUGGCUCGCUGAAAUGGCCGGCGCUCGCUUAAUCGCUGAACGUUUUGCUAACAUAACGGAUGCCUCAAUUAUUGGUGUUCGUGCACCAUAUUUACGCGUUGGUGGAAACAAGCAAUUUGAAAUGAUGGCCGAUCAAUACUUCGUAUAUGAUGCUUCAAUUACCGCUCCUCUAGGUCGUGUCCCUAUUUGGCCUUACACUUUGUACUUCCGAAUGCCUCACAAAUGCAACGGAAACGCUCACAACUGCCCAUCGAGGAGCCAUCCAGUCUGGGAAAUGGUCAUGAAUGAGUUAGACAGAAGAGAUGAUCCCACAUUCGAUGAGUCUUUGCCCGGUUGUCACGUGGUCGACUCCUGUUCUAACAUCCAAACUGGUGAACAGUUUGCUCGCCUCCUCCGUCAAAACUUCAACCGUCAUUACACAACCAACCGCGCACCUCUCGGUCUUCACUUCCACGCUUCGUGGCUUAAAUCCAAGAAAGAAUUCAGAGACGAACUUAUUAAAUUUAUUGAAGAAAUGUUGGAAAAGAACGAUGUCUAUUUCACUUCUUUAAUUCAAGUGAUUCAAUGGAUGCAAAAUCCGACGGAACUGUCUUCACUCCGCGACUUCCAGGAAUGGAAACAAGACAAAUGUGAUGUUAAAGGACAACCUUUUUGCUCUUUACCGAACGCGUGUCCUUUGACUACUCGAGAGUUACCAGGAGAGACACUGCGCCUGUUCACCUGCAUGGAAUGUCCAAACAACUACCCAUGGAUUUUGGACCCCACAGGAGAGGGAUUCAGCGCAAAGAAGUGAUCUCUUUAAGUUAAAUUAAAAGACUGUACACAUGUAAAUAAUACUCAAUAUUAAUGUUAAUAAAUACAAUUAAUCGUGAACACAAAUAGGGCGACCGAUAUCAACUUCAGGUACACGAUUGUUAUAAUUAUUUAGUGCUUCAAGUUAUUUACCUAUUGCCUUUUAGUUGAAGUUUGAGGUUGAUGUCGUGAAUAUACGUCAAAUGGAGCGCCUUAUCUCCUCUACAAAUAUAGGUAAAGUUUAUGUGUCACUUAAUUUAGGUUGUUACAAACGUAUGGACAAUAAAAGUUAAAUUGGAA